AUGCAACAUCUCUGGGAUCCGCCAUGGGCCCAGGAGGUCGGGUUCAAGGCCCUGAAGCCUGUCAAGCGCCCUGCUGAGUGGGGCGCCGAGUUGCCGGAGGACCCGAUCCUCUGCUCACAAGCAUCACCGGCAAUGUUGACAGGCCUCAGAGCAAAGCUUCCAGAGGGCACGCGCACGAAGGCCUGGAAGGUUGCAGCUGGGUAUCGGAACAAAGGAGGCACAAAGCGCCCGAGGAUGGCACCAACAUGUUCAUUGAAUGCACAUCCUGCAGACUGCACAGAGAGUGCGAUGAAGAGCACGGUGCGUGCUAGAGGCGGGUUUGAGGUUGGACAGCCGCCGGCCUCCACGGGAGCAGAAGCCAUCGAACACCCAGCCGAAUGCUCCAAACAGCGCCAGUACAACAUCUUGGACGCGUUGGGGAUUCCAAAUGCUCGAGAGAAGCCGGCCGUGGCAGAAGGAGAGCAAAUGCAGCUGGACCCGCCAAAGUCGAAAAAGAAGCGCCAGGUGCAGUCGACGGGCCAGCGUCUAGCUCGGGACCAGCUCCUGCGCCAGUUUGCCCUGAACGCGCGCUCGUCCAAGAGCAAGGACACCGUCGAGGGGACGGUAGAAGAGCGCACAGACGAGGAAGAGACUGCGACCCGGCGCGUCAAGGCAUUUCAGGUGCAGUUGAAAACGACCUCCGGCAACGUGAAGCGCGUUAUCUUCAAUGGCGCUGCAGCCCGCGCAUUUCAUCGAAGUCUGGGUCUGCAGCGCGGUGGCCGCGUUCGCCUUCAAGGUUUCACCUCCACUCGAGAGAACGACGAGGAGGUGCUGCGCUUCAAAGAUGUUCAUUCUGGGGUGAGCAUUAAAGUAGUGGCCACUGCUGCAAUGUCCCUCGAAGCCGAAGCGGUCCUAAGGCUGCAAGACUUGAAAGCUCACUUGGCCAAGGUCAAAAGAGGCGAAGCCAAAGCCGUUGUCUCGGUGCAGGCUGUGGCUGGGCGCGUGGGAAAGCUGGAGCGUCAAGAGCUGGCCUUGCAGCCUGGUGAGUUCGCAGCCACCAGAACCAUACAGCUUCAGUGCCCCUCAUCGAAUCUGGCUUAUGUUUGGCGCCUUUGGGACGCGCAGGCCGAGAAGUUUGGAGCCGAUUUGCAAGGCCAGCAACUCGUCAUCAACGGAACCCGAGUUCGCGAAGCGCGCGGGGAAGCUGAGCUAACGGGCUGCGUCAGCGUUGACGUGAAAGGCGGCAGGAUGCCGCCUCCGCUGAGUGCAGGGAGCGGGGUGCUUGAAUAG